AUGAGCGAGAGCACCGUGUGGUUCGUAACCGGCUGCUCCUCCGGUCUCGGCAAAUCCUUCGCCAGCACCAUCUACAACGCCGGCCACCACAUCGUAGCCACAGCACGUAACAUCCACUCACUCUCGUAUCUCCCAGACGAACCGCGAGUGCUCAAACUAGAACUAGACGUCACCUCGCGCGACGCAAUCAUUACAACAGUCAACGCCGCAGUCCAAAAAUUUCACCGCAUCGAUGUCUUCGUCAACAACGCCGGCUACGGUCUAGUCGGAGACAUCGAAUCAACGUCCGAGUCUGACGCACGACUUCAACUCGAGACCAACUUCUGGGGCCCCGUGCACAUUACCAAAGAGGCGUUACGAGUAUUCCGCGAGGUGAAUCCGCAAGGUGAAGGGGGUACUGUCAUCCAGGUAACGUCCAUGGGCGGGUGGUGGACUGCGCCGGGCCACUCAUUCUAUCAUGCCAGGCAAGUUCCAGAUCAUCCCAAAUUCGCACUGGAGGGCUUCACAGAGUCCGUUGCGCAAGAAGUCAAUCCAGAAUGGAAUAUCAAGCUAAUGCUCCUUGCGCCCGGGGGUGUGCGAACGAAUUUUGCCGGGCCCAACAUGAAAAUCUCACCCCGGCAUCCGGCGUAUGAUACGCCGAACACACCCUUUAACCAACUACUGGACUAUAUCACCAAGCCCGAGUCCCAGGCUACGUGGAGUGACCCGGAUAUCUGUGCUCGGGUUCUUUUCGAUGCCGUGGUGGGACAGAAGGAGCGCCCGUUACCGAUGAGGUUGCUUCUGGGCGCUGAGACGAUUCCGUUGAUCAAGCGUGAUAUCCAGAAGACGCUGGCGGAAAUUGAUGCGUGGAUUGAUGAGACAGUCAAGUGUUCACCUGGAGGCGGGGCGGUAUUGUGA